AAUUAAAAUCUGUCACACUCAUGACUUAACCUAAAAAAUUUUACGCAUUAAAUUAUCCUUUUUUAAUUUAGUCAGUAAUGUCUGUAUUUCACGAUGAAAUAGAAAUCGAAGAUUUCGAAUACGACGAAGAAGAAGAAAUUUAUCAUUAUCCCUGUCCUUGUGGAGAUAGAUUUGAAAUUUCAAAGGUAAAAAACGUCAACGUGAAACCUAAAAGCCGAUCUUAUAGCAGGAGAAGAAAUAGCAACGUGUCCCAGUUGUUCGCUUAUAGUAAAAGUGAUUUAUGAUAUAGAGGACUUCCAAGAUAAAGAAGAAGAAGUAACUAAAAUUACUAAAGAUAUUAAAAAAUUACAAGUUGCAAAUUGAUUUAUGGAAUUUAUUUUUAUAAUUUGAAUAUUAAAAAGAAUAUUUAAAUGGCUGGUCGCGGUAGAGGACGAGGGGGUCGAGGUGGAAACUCAAAAUCUUUUAGUCGAGAUCAAUUAGCAAGUAUCGGAGCAGGAACAAACGAUUUAAUUCCCGGUCCAGUAACCCAACCACCACCACUUUACCCACCAUUAAAUCGACAACCCGUUCCAGUACAACCAUCAGAAGACUUAGAUUAUUUAUUAACUCUCCGACAAGACAUCAUAGACCACAUGUAUCUUUCAACAGCUUUUUUAAGAGUUUCUAAAACAAAAGUAACCAAAUCCGAUCAUGAAAUUGACAAAUUAUUAGCACAAUUACCUUCAGCCACCAAUAAUUUCGACUGGGAAUUAUUUCCUACCGAGUUGCGACCCAAAAUGAGUGCUAAACGAAUUAAAAAACAAGUUAAAAAGGAAGUUGAUGUUGAGGAUAGGUUAAAUCGAUUAGAAAAAUUGGAGAAUGACACCGACAAUGUUGCUGUAAAGGAGGAGGUUGAAGAUGAAGAUGUUGAAAAUGAGGAAAUAUUCGAUGAUGCUGAUGAAGAAAUGGAUGAAGGGACUGAUUAUGCAAAUAAUUAUUUCGAUAAUGGUGAAGCUUUUGAUGAAGAAGAUGAUAAUUUAGAUGAUGGACCGGUUUAUUAAAGUUUCUCAAAUUUUAUUUUUAUAGCCCCUUAAUUUUAAAAAUAUAAAUAAAUUGUAAAU